CCAUUAUAAUUUCUAAUAGGUUACAUUAUAUAUAAAUACGUCGUUUUCAGACGUGGGGAUAAACAGCCGCAGUGAAUUUUGAAGGCAACGUUUUCGGCAAAGUUCAUCAGAAAAUCGCCAUGGAGAAGUACUUGGCGUGGCUGAUGCUAUUCGGCCUGGCUGUCCAGGUCAUUCCCAGCGGAGGAAGUCUUCCCGACGAUCCAGAUGGCGCUGUGUUGCAUGACACGCUGGACGACGGAUCCGAAGUUGUGACCGGAUUUUCAACCAAUCCAUUGACGUCACCGGAUGGCAAGCCUUACCCACGGGACGCGAAGUUGAUAAUCGAUGACCCCAUGCAACCAAGAGGCAGUGAUUCACAUCCGGACGACGGUGUUCCUGAGUUGUCCCUAGCCGUGCGCAAGAAACGAGGGCUGCCUAUAGGCCCCUAUUCAUGCCCCUAUUGGUUCUACUGGAUCCGGCCGUGGUGGGUGUACUGGGGAAGGACUUGGUGGCCUGUCUUGAACUCCCCCUGGUGGGGGUGGCACUGGCAUCACUGGUAUUAUUGCCUGCCAUACGAAUGCAAAGCCAGGAUUUAUGAUGCUGGGGUGUAUAGAUACAUGUGCUCGCGCUGUAAAACGGAAUGGGGCUGGAUACGCGUUCCCAUAUGGUAUUGGGGUUGGCCAUAUUGGAUUUGGAUCCGCGCACCUGUCGGGUGUUGCUGCGACAUACAGAAUCUGCGGUGGUGCUAAUGCACACGUGACGUGACGUCACAAAGUCUUAUCUGAUAAGACGAUAAUGUGGUCAACAGAGUUACAAUAUCCCGAUUAUAUAUAUAUAUAUAUAUAUAUAUAUAUAUAUAUAUAUAUAUAUAUAUAUAUAUAUAGAAAGACAUUUCUAAGACUUGAUAAACUUUGAUAGAAUUCUAAGUAUAGACAGUCAUUAAGGAGGAAGAAAGGUCAGAAUUUCAUUAAAAAAUUAUUCUUGAGCGGUCUGCAGUCUAUGCUGGUUAUAUAGGGUCUUAAAGACUAUUAGAAAUUUUAGCACAGACUAAACUAUCGGUCGAAAAGGCCAGUCUAAAUUUUAUGCUUAGUUCCCUUUUAUUCUUCUGUAAAAUGUCAAGGAAUAAAUUUUGUCGGUGGA